UUUUCUAAAAGGUGUAAUUUAAUUAUUCACAUACGCAUGCAUACAGGAGAAAAACCGUAUCACUGUGAUAUAUGUGACGAAUCAUUCUCUGCGGAACGCCGCUUCAAUACACACAAAUGUUUCCACCCUGGAAGGAGACCGCAUCAGUGUGAUAUCUGUGGUAAAUCAUUUUCUCUUAAGUGUCAUUUAACCAUUCACAUACGCAUUCAUACUGGAGAGAAACCAUACCCCUGUGAUGUCUGUGGCAAAUCUUUCUCUGUUGGAAGCAGCUUAAAUAAGCACAAACGUAUUCAUACAGGAGAAAAACCAUUCCGCUGUGAUGUCUGCAGUAAAUCAUUCUCUGGCAGUAGUGACUUAACUCAACAUAAACGCUUUCAUACAGGUGAAAAACCAUAUCAAUGUGAUAUUUGUCGUAAAUCAUUCUCGCAAAGUGCACACUUAACUGUACAUAGACGUAUUCACACAGGAGAAAAACCUUACCAGUGUGAUAUCUGUGGUAAAUCAUUCUCUGAAAGUAGUCCCUUAACUCAACAUAAACGUGUUCAUACAGGAGAGAAACCAUAUCACUGUGAUAACUGUGACAAAUCCUUCACUGCAAUACGUAGCUUAAUUCAACAUAGACGUAUUCACACAGGGGAAUAACCAUAUUUGUGUGAUAUCUGUGGUAAAUCAUUCUCUGAAAGUUGUCUAUUAACUCUUCAUAAACGAGCUUUAUAUAUUUUUUUUUUCUCUCAUCUGGUGACAGGGUAUGAAACGUGUCUUUG